CACCCACUCUCAGAAGUGUCCAAGUGCAACAAAUCCAGACUAUGGAACAGUCGCCCAGCCUCCACGUCUCGCAUCGGCAACCAGAUCCAGACGUCCAACAACGCCCCACUCUGCAUCAGCUGGCAGCGCCCUUCCAGCUGCUCCUCGGACGACCAUCCCAAACAACACAUCUGUUCGGGUUGCGGAGGAACAGAACAUGGUGCCAGCUCUUGUCCUCUCGCGCAGGAGAAUUGA